AUGUCCACCGAUUCCGCCGCCACCCCCUCCGUAACCCACGACCCCCCCUCCCUCCCAAACUCCCCGCUCCCAAAACGCACAAAAGUAAUCGACCCCUCGCCCCUAACAACCGCUUCGGGCACCGCAACGCCCACGCCGCUCGCCAGCGCAAUCGACAUGGCCGCACUGCAACCCCCCGCGCCAAUUGCGCCCAGCGUACUCGCCGCUGCGAGCGCCGAGCAGCAAUUGCAAGUUCUGCUGCUGAGCGACAAGGCGCGCGCCCCGACCAAGGGAAGCGUGUACGCCGCUGGGCAUGAUUUGUAUGCGGCCAAGGAUGUGGUGGUGCCGGCGAGGGGGAGGGCGCUGGUACCCACGGAUAUCAGUAUCAGUGUGCCGGUCGGGACGUUUGCUGAUGCGAGAUUGAUCGUAGACGGCCGCGUCGCCCCGCGCUCGGGACUUGCGAACAAACACGGCAUCGACACCAUGGCGGGCGUGAUUGACGCCGAUUACCGCGGGCCCGUGGGCGUUAUACUGGCGAAUCUGUCGGAUGCGGAUUUCGAGGUGAAGGUGGGGGAUCGCAUUGCGCAGUUGAUUGUGGAGAAGAUUGUCAUGCCCGAGGUAGUAGUCGUGGAGAAGUUGGAGGAGAGUGUGAGGGGAGCGGGCGGGUUUGGGAGUACGGGGGGUUUUGGGGCGGCUGCGGCUUGA